GCCAAGCGAACUCAUGUCAUGAACUCGUAGCAUGCGCAGGCCGCAUGCAGGCAUACUCUAGCUUGAGUCCUGCUGGCCACCCAGUCGCAAGAACUAGACCCGGCCUCCAUUUGAAAUAUAAUACUGCACGCUUACCUUAUCAACCCAAAUAGCUUUGAAUGUUGCCUUUUCCACAGCAUGGAUGGUCGCUUGGGUGGUCGCGUCAGCCCACGAACUCGCGAAGAAUCACUGCGAAGUCGACAAGCCUUCCUGAGCCCGUGAACACCACGAGCGUGUCUCAGCCAGAGCCCAGAAGCGUCUCGCAGCCAGUGAAAUCUGGCACCAUCACGAGCUUCAUAGAGAAGAACCAAGGCAUUCUUGCAGUUGGGGCAAUCGCAACGUCUUGUUACGGUGCCGGCUUUGCGGCCCACAGCAUCCUUUCAGAAUUGCAAAUUUCCCAGGUCACUGCAAACGCCAAAACUGACGUCCUGGCAGCGGAGCAGCGCGCCAAAAUUGACGUCCUGGCAGCGGAGCAGCGCGCCCAGGCAGCGGAGCAGCGCGCCCAGACAGCGGACCUGCGCAAGGAGCACGCGCAAGGUCUGCUGGACAUCGUGUUCCACUCGGACUACUAAAAGUAUCGUGACACUGUCCUGCAAGACAAGGCCAACAAGCGAGGCGGGGCCGGGGCAUAGGCUCACGGUUUUGUGUCUGGCAUUUGCCCAUACCGACAGGUGCGGGGGCGAUAACGACGGAUUCCUGACGUGCUUCUCGACGCCGGGGGCAUAUUUUGGGAAGCAAAUGCCUUUUUGCGAUGUGCCGCCCCUGCCGUGCCUUUUCGUGGCGCUUGUGUGCGGCACGGCACGGGGUGCAGGUCGCAGCAUUGUACGCAUAGCGCAAGGUCAACCACCCACACCGCUAUGCUUCAGAUGGCCACUGGAAGAGCACGGCACCUCGUGGACACUCAGUCAAGGAGCUGUGUACCUGUCUGCGGCGGAUGUCACCGGUGGUUGACAUGGAGGCAGGACUUGCUGUUGGUGGGCCACGUGUGAGUUUGAUUAGCGUUUUGCUGUGUGCAGAGGGGUUGCGCCGACUGAGUUAGCUAGCAACAGCAGAUAGAGACACUUACACGGCAUAGGUGGAUUAAAUAUCGUGGAGGAGCGCAUGAGCAAUGGUGCCGCGGCGCCGACAGAAACUAUGGCGACGGUGCAGGCGAACAUCGUAAGUAGGCUGGGGUGGAGCAGAGGCCCAGCCAUCCCACCCAUACGGCUGCAUGAAUUGACAGUCAGUCAGGCCACAUCCAUGCUCAUGCGGCCGAUAGAGCUGCAACGUACUGCACUACAUGCGGACUUCGUGCGAGAGGUGAAACAGCAGGGAAGCCAGCAGCAGGCGACUGCCCCGGCCUCAGCUCCCACCGACCAAAACCCAGUGCGCGCGAUGCAGAGGAGGAUGUGGUGCACAGUGCGGUAGGAGCGGGAGCAACUAGAGAUCAUGUGGCGCCUGCCAAUGGACGGCGUGCCACUGGCAGGAAACAGUCACAUCAGCGUAGGCGUGGAGGCGUGCGGGUGUGGCACCUUUGGAGGAGCGCACGGAGCACCGUGCUCGCUGCGAGCCCACCACUUCUGGGAGUGUGCAGUGGCCCAGGCAGUGAGGGAACAGAUUGACAACGCGCUGCCGGCAUCCAUCACCCGGCGCCAGCUGUGGUGUGGGAUGUGGUUGUGCUGGCCGCCCUAUCAGCUGUGGAGCAUGCCAGGAGACGGCUUAGGACAGGAACUAGAGUGGCGCAGCAGCAAGGCGGAAUCAAUCACGCGGCUGAAGAGGACGCUCUUACCCCAAUAGAAGUGGCGAAGGCAAAGGCUGUCACAGGGUUUUGGAGGCGGCUGCACGAACUUGCAGGCCUAGGGCUGCCAUGGAAGGGAUGGCGGGAAGUGAGCAUAGGGCACCCUAUACUAGCGGUGCAGAAUGGACGCAUCAGGGUGCACCAGCCCGAAAGCUAGCAUAGCAGUGCUAGUUAUUGACUAGGAAUGCUGCCACUGCUGGUGCGCUCAGACGUUUUGAUGUAUGGAGCUCGUAACCGCUGGAAAAAGCGGCGGGUGUUUGCAUGUGCGUUUUGUGUAGCGCUAGGUGCGUGUGUUCUUGUUCGAGGAGAGAGCUGUUGUGACCUAGCGGCGUAGCGAGCGUGGCGUGUGCGGAGGGGCAACUGACCCGCUGGUCAGGCGCGUUUCCCUGCUUUUAUCUGCGUGCAUUUGAGCAUUGGAAUCACUCUUUGAAGGCUAGCAAUAAGUUUCGGGUGAAGAGACGCAAGCAAGAGGAAGAAUGGUGCAUAUAGCGCCGUACACCGAUCUGGGAGAGGUGUCGGUGACUUGGCGUGUGCGAGAGCAGGCGAAGCCGGCUUUUGGCUCUCGCUCACGUAGCGUGCGCCGUCAAUACAAGACCAACCUAUUUCUGUAACGCUUAGAGUGUGCAUAUCGCUCGGCGUCUCCGCCAGUCGUCGGAAUCACUGGCGCAAGCAUCAAGUAAGAGGGAGCUUUGCCAAGGCUUUCUGCCCGUUGUUUAUCAGCUGACGGCAGUCUGCAGGGAGUCAGCGCCGCAAGGGAAUUCCACGCAUCCACACGCCCGCGUAGGCACGUAGAAUGCAUCAGCGCACACGCAUGGGCACGUCAGAGCGAGGGGUUGCCUUUCUCUGCUUUUAGGGGCCUGGCUCGUCGGCGGGUUUGAGAAAUGUUCAGCUUGACCUGUCCCGUGUGCGGUGGCUUUGUGCGUCUCUCGCCGGCUUGGGAAGAAGGUGCAAGUCGAACGGUGGUGGUUUGGACAGGCGGUGGCUCCUGGGAGUGAUUUAGGGUGGGUUCUUUCUCGCUGGGUGAGUGUCCUAUGUUGCGCGCGGUUGGUGCAAGCGGGCUGUCUUCCGUUUCUUCUCACGUCUGUACAGUGGAGUCAGGCGCCCUGUUUUUCGCGGCGGUCAAGCGUCGUGGGUGUUUCGUUCGCCGUAGGCUUGGUUUUGUGUGCGCCGGUCAGGUGUCGGCGCUCUCGCCAGUCCAAAGAGGCUGGUAGGCUGCAGCGGCCGUGUUUUCGGGCCCGGGUCUGAGGUCUCCCCGCAGCUGUAACAAACUACUGCA